AUGCCUCCCGCGUGGCCACGGUCUCGAACAUCUGGAGAUACAUUGUCAAGUCCAACGCCGUGUGGGGAGGAGUUGUCGGUGUCCUCCUCACUGUCCUACCCACAUUCUCCACGAGUGUGGCGGGGUGAAGAAGGACACGACUCGAGGAUGAAGGCACAAUGGAAGAAAGGGUUAGCCGAGUCUUGCAGAGACAUCUCUCACCUCUGUGCUCGCUUGCUGGGUUUAAGUAAGCAGCGCUUGAUGGGGUGCAGGUGUGGCUGCUCAGCCUGUGACGAGCAGGAGCAGGUGUGCCUGCUCGGUUUCCAGGAGUACAUUGAAGAAAAUGAAGAAUCAAAUCAUCAAGAGAAGCAGCACGCAUGUGAUCAAUGCGGUAAAAUGUUUUUAUGGGCUUCACUUCUGAAGAAACACUUGAAAGUUCAUGCAAAGAAGAAGCCACAUUCAUGUCAUUUGUGUGGUAAGAGUUUUUUGCAUCUUCAAAGUUUGAAAGAACAUCAGAAAAUACAUACUGGUGUGAGAGAGUACAUGUGCUUUGAGUGUGAAAAGACUUUUAGUUCAGUGAGCAGUUUAAAACUGCACGAGAGGAUUCACACUGGAGAGAAACACUGUAACAAGAGAUUCAGUCAUUCAUCAAGUCUGGAAACACAUGAGAGGAUCCACACUGGAGAGAAACCUUAUAAGUGUUCACACUGUGACAAGAGAUUCAGUCAAUCAUCAAAUCUGAAAAAACAUGAGAGGAUCCACACUGGAGAGAAACCUUAUAAGUGUUCACACUGUGACAAGAGAUUCAGUCGGUUAACACAUCUGAAAACACAUGAGAGGAUCCACACUGGAGAGAAACCUUACAAGUGUUCACACUGUGACAAGAGAUUCAGUCGGUUAACACAUCUGAAAACACAUGAGAGGAUCCACACUGGAGAGAAACCUUACAAGUGUUCACACUGUAACAAGAGAUUCAGUGAUUCGACACAUCUGAAAACACAUGAGAGGAUCCACACUGGAGAGAAACCUUACAAGUGUUCACACUGUGACAAGAGAUUCAGUGAUUCGACACAUCUGAAAACACAUGAGAGGAUCCACACUAGAGAGAAACCUUACAAGUGUUCACACUGUGACAAGAGAUUCAGUCAUCCGACACAUCUGAAAACACAUGAGAGGAUCCACACUGGAGAGAAACCUUACAAGUGUUCACACUGUGACAAGAGAUUCAGUGAUUCGACGCAUCUGAAAACACAUGAGAGGAUCCACACUGGAGAGAAACCUUACAAGUGUUCACACUGUGACUGGAGAUGCAGUCAUUCAUCAAGUCUGAAAACACAUGAGAGGAUCCACACUGGAGAGAAACCUUACAAGUGUUCACACUGUGACAAGAGAUUCAUUGUGUCAUCAAGUCUGAAAAGACAUGAGAGGAUUCACACUGGAGAGAAACCUUACAAGUGUUCACACUGUGACAAGAGAUUCAUUGUGUCAUCAAGUCUGAAAAGACAUGAGAGGAUUCACACUGGAGAGAAACCUUACAAGUGUUGACACUGUGACAAGAGAUUCAGUGUUACAUCGAGUCUGAAAAGACAUGAGAGGAUCCACACUGGAGAGAAAGCACAUCAACGCAAUGUACGAGGGAAGUCUAGUAUUAAAGCUGCAGUCGGUAACUUUUGACGCUCUAGCGGUUAAUAAACAGAACUGCUUGCGUCUUGCGGAAGAACAUCGUAGCCAGAACUACUUCUCUCUGUUUAUGUCUAUGAAGAAUCACAAAGGUACCCCUGAAGCAAUCUAAAAUAGUCGGAAUAUAAACACUUAUUAUAGGUGCACCCUAGUUAUUCAGGACAAGCUAAAAACACGGUUUGGAAAAUGGAUUCAUGGUGUACUAGCUUAUUAUAUACAUUUUUCUACAUUUUGAACACAAACAAAGUUACGGACCGCAGCUCUGAUUGGUUGUUUCUUAACAGGAGCGAUGUAUUUUCUGCAAAUGGCAAUAGGACCACUGGGAGGAGCCAGAGGAGCUUGAUUUUUCACAGAUUAUCUGUCUCAUAUUCUACUGUCAGGACAUAAUGACAGGUUUAACAAAUAUGUAAAAAAUAUAUUUUUACAAAAGUUACCUACUGCAGCUUUAACAACAAAUAAUAAAAUAAAAUAAAGG